AUCGUCUCUCCCCUCCUCCCUCCUCAUCCUCCCUCCAUCCUCUUCCUCCUCUUCGCCGUUUACAUGUGCAAAAAAAAGAAGAAGAAGAAUAGAGGAAGAAAAGAAAUAACACGAGCUGUGGGUUUCGCCGACGCUUUCGGACGAGGGCGCACGGACGCCGACGCGCAACCACGAUGGACCUAAGGAAUAUUUAACACCGUGGACAUGAACACUACAUGGCUCCCCGCGAUCACCGUGCUCUUACCCGUGGUGCAUUGAGGAGCUCUGCCUCGUGGACACAAUUUCGGAGCAUCAGGCCUCCUUUAUUCCUUUCCUUACCCCCCAUCAACCCCCUUCCCUCCCUCACCCUCCGCCGAUCCUAGCCACCCACCGAAUGGCUUCCCCAUAGAUACCUCUUGCAUAACGCAAGAACACGCAAGCCUUCUGAUCGUCUGCCGUGCAGGUUGGGACGUUGUGAGGGAAGACAAGUGAGCAAACACGUUCAAAGCCGAGGUGCUGGACAAAUACACAAAGGCAAUACACACCGGAAGACGUGUAGACAUGACCAAAGGAACGACAUUUUUGGAGGAUUGAAGAUUUAUAUUUUCUACAUCACAGUUUUAGUACAAGCUCAAAAAAACAAGAAAAUCAAAGGCACGGAAAGACACAAUUUGCACGCACAAUCCCCUCAUUUAGAUUUUCUUCAUUGAUAACUUGAUACACACGCCACGGUCUCAUGAUGAUGUGCGAGGUGAUGCCCACCAUUUCUGAGGAUGGGCGAAGUGGAAACGGCGGGGGCCCCUCCUCGCCUGCUGGGGCAGGGGUUGGGGGCGCUGGAGGUGCGUCGGCGGGCGGAGGCUUCAGCGGGAGGGAGCCCAGAAGCGGAGGAGACGAAGGGGGCAGCACGGGGAACCUGGAGUCCCUGAUGGUCAACAUGCUGACGGAGAGGGAGAGGCUGCUGGAGAACCUGAGGGAGACACAGGACUGCCUGGGCACGGCUCAGCUCCGCCUCCGCGAGCUCGGCCACGAGAAGGAGUCCCUCCAGAGGCAGCUGUCCAUUGCUCUACCACAGGAGUUUGCUGUGUUGACUAAAGAGCUGAACGUUUGCCGGGAGCACCUUCUGGAGAGGGAGGAGGAGAUCUCGGAGCUCAAGGCGGAGAGAAACAACACACGUCUGCUGCUGGAGCACCUGGAGUGUCUGGUGUCUCGCCACGAGCGCAGUCUGAGGAUGACGGUGGUGAAGAGGCAAGCCCAGUCGCCCGCGGGAGUCUCCAGCGAGGUGGAGGUCCUCAAGGCCCUCAAGUCUCUGUUUGAGCACCACAAGGCCCUAGAUGAGAAGGUGCGAGAGAGGCUCCGCGUGGCCCUUGAGAGGGUUUCCUUGUUAGAGGAUCAACUCGCAACGUCUUCUCAAGAGGUAAUCUCUUUAAAAGACCAAAUUAAAAGACGUCAACAAGGGGCGGACGGCGGGAAAGAUCGACUUCCCAACGGCCCCUCCUCUGGCCUGGAGGAAAGCGACCUGGAGAGACAGAGAGAGGGAGAGAUAGAGCGACAGAGGUCGGAACUCUCCCAGCUGAGGGAGAGGCUGGCCCUCAUGUGCCGGCAGGUUGGGGAAAUAGAGGAACAGCUUGCGGCCGCCAGGAGGGAGGUGACGAAGUCGGAGGAGGCCAAUCUGAAGCUCCAAAGGGAAGUGAAAGAGGCUCUUUGCCAAAGGGAGGACAUGGAGGAAAGGAUCACAACAUUAGAACGCAGGUACCUCAGUGCCCAGAGGGAGGCGACUUCUCUCCAUGAUAUCAAAGACAAGCUGGAGAAUGAACUGGCCAGCAAGGAGUCCCUGCACAGACAGAGUGAGGAGAAGAACAGACAGCUACAGGAGCGGCUGGAUGAGGCCAAGCAGAAGCUCCAGCAGACCCUGCAGAGGGCAGAGACGUUGCCUGAGAUCGAGGCCCAGCUCGCCCAAAGAGUAGCCGCUCUCAACAAGGCAGAGGAGCGCCACGGAAACUUCGAGGAACGGCUACGGCAAAUGGAAGCUCAACUCGAAGAGAAGAAUCAAGAACUACAGAGGGCGAGGCAGAGGGAGAAGAUGAACGACGAACACAACAAACGUCUCUCGGACACGGUGGACAAGCUUCUGUCCGAGUCCAACGAGAGACUGCAACUCCACCUCAAAGAGAGGAUGGCAGCACUAGAGGAGAAGAACGCUCUUUCAGAGGAGCUGUCCAAUAUGAAGAAAAUCCAGGAUGAUCUUAUCGCUAAUAAGGAGACGCUGCUCGCGGAGCUGGAGCGAAUCCAAGUGGAGCUGGAUCAGCUGAGAGGCCGGCCUGGCUCUUAUUCCAGGGCGGGCAGCGUGAGCUCACUUCCCUCCACCCUAUUUCGAAGAUCUCUCCCCGGGAGCGCCUCGGAGCUGCGGUACCCCCAGGGCGGAGGCUCGCUCCCGGCCGGCUACAGCAACUCCAACAGUGGGGUGGUGGUCAGGCGGUCGCACCGAGGACGCUGGGGGCAGUCUAGAGACGACAAUAACAAGUACGGGGACUGGGACAGCGGGAGUAUGCUGGGUCCUGGGUAUGACGGCGGUGUGGACGGAGGCUGCUCCGAUGACGAGGACGACAGGGAGACUCUGUUUGGGUCGGAGCUUCUCUCUCCCAGCGGACAGACGGAUGUGCAGACCUUGGCCAUCAUGCUGCAGGAACAACUGGAGGCCAUUAACAAGGAGAUCAAGCUGAUUCAGGAGGAGAAGGAGAGCACGGAGCUGAGGGCCGAGGAGAUCGAGAACCGGGUCAGCAGCGUGACCCUCGACGGCCCUCUUCCGCCCUCCUCACUGGGAGGACGGGACAGCAUUGGGCGGGGCUACAUGACACCCUCCAUCACCUCCUCCACGUUGGCGUCUCCCUCACCGCCCAGUUCUGGACAUUCCACCCCCCGCCUGCCGCACUCCCCCCACAGGGAGACGGACAGACAGAAUAGCAAAGAAGGUGAUGAAUGCAGAGCACUUGCCCUGAUUGACUCCAACACUCCCUCUGUUCCUCGUGCCCUACGAUUGGACCGAAUGACACACACUCACCCGGGGGCAGGCCUCGACGACCACCGUGAAUACCGCAGUCUCUCUGCCGAUGGCGCCAUCACAGCUAGCCAGGAUUCCCUCCACAAAGCCAGCAAAAAGAAAAGCAUUAAGUCGUCCAUCGGCCGCCUCUUUGGCAAAAAGGAAAAGGGAAGGAUCGGGGCACCUGGGCGAGAGUCGUCCUCACAGGCCUCUACUCCCUCUGAUGACCUGGGCUCUGCGGACCCUCUAGGCCUGGCCAAACUUGGGACUGGAACAGUGGAAAAAGACCGCCGUAGCAAAAAGAAGCACGACCUGUUGGAGGAGGCCUGUCGUCAGGGUCUGCCUUUCGCCUCGUGGGACGGCCCCACUGUUGUCACAUGGCUCGAGCUGUGGGUGGGGAUGCCCGCGUGGUACGUGGCAGCGUGCCGCGCCAACGUGAAGAGCGGCGCCAUCAUGGCCAACCUCUCGGACACGGAGAUCCAGAGGGAGAUUGGCAUCAGCAACCCGCUGCACAGGCUGAAGCUCCGCCUGGCCAUCCAGGAGAUGGUCUCCCUCACCAGUCCGUCCGCCCCUGCAAGCACCCGCUCGUCGACCAGUAAUAUAUGGAUGACACAUGCUGAGAUGGAGUCUCUCGCGGCUGCCACCAAACCAGAGCAGAAAGAGUUCAGCUGGGACCAGAUCCUGGCCUACGGAGACAUGAACCACGAGUGGGUGGGGAACGAGUGGCUGCCAAGCCUGGGUCUCCCCCAGUACCGCUCCUACUUCAUGGAGUCCCUGGUGGAUGCGCGCAUGCUGGACCAUCUCACCAAGAAGGAGCUGAGGGGCCAGCUGAAAAUGGUGGACAGUUUCCACAGGGUGAGUCUUCACUAUGGUAUCAUGUGCUUGAAGCGCUUGAACUAUGACAGGAAGGAGCUGGAGCGGAGGAGGGACGACAGCCAACAUCAGAAUCAAGAUGUGAUGGUGUGGUCCAAUGAGCGCGUGAUGUGCUGGGUGCAGUCCAUCGGGUUGAAGGAGUUUGCGGACAACCUGUUGGAAAGCGGCGUGCACGGGGCCCUCCUGGCGCUAGACGACACCUUCGACUACACCGACUUGGCCCUGCUCCUGCAGAUACCCAAUCAGAACACACAGGCAAGGCAGCUCCUCGAGAAGGAGUACAACACCCUGAUCUCCAUCGGAACAGAGAGGAGGCCAGAUGAGGACGGCACAAAAACCUUUACACGGUCGCCAUCGUGGAGAAAGAUGUUCCGGGAGAAGGACCUCCGCGGCGUGACCUCGGACUCCUCAGAAACGUUACCUGCCAACUUCCGUGCCUCCGCCAUCUCCACUCCCUCUGUCACCCUGAGAAAAGUGCAGAGUGAAGUAAACUCUGGUCCAAGGGGAGAGUCGGCGUCCGUGAGAACGUAUUCCUGCUAAAAGAUAAGCACACCAGGUGAGAGAAGCACCCUCGCAGACUGACGGCAUCUGCAGAUAAAAAUAAACUUGUGUGAACACCGAAUCAAACGUCACAUCUCAGCGGGGGCUUCUAGGGUUCGACAAGUGUGUUCUCCAUCUUGCAGACCCCCCUCCUCCAUUUUAAACCCAAGGAAAAGAAAAAGAAAACAACACACACACACACACAUACACACACACACACACACAGACUGCGGAUGGACACACCAGAAGAUGACAAACAACGUUCGAGCCUCGAAGAAUCAAAGACACUGAGUGAAUGAGUUGUGAAAAGA